ACCUAAAAUUUGUAGCAAUCAUCAAAUAAAAAACUUUUCAAUCAACUUAACAUAUUAAUAAAAAAAAACAUACAAUCAAAGAAUUCCACUCAUAUGGAAAAGAACCAAACCCUAUUAAACCAACAGCUGUCAUAAUAAAAGGAAACUAUACUCAGUCUUUGAAAGGCAAACGAAAUUGAUCUUCCACGCAAUAAAACAAAAAAAAUUAUAAAUUUUAUUAUAAAUUAAAUUGUUUUAAAUAUUUCCUUGUGGUGCUGAUAAGGAAUUUUACAGUAUGCUAACCGAUCCAGACGACGAUUUCUUCUUUGAAGAAGAUAAAAUUCAAGAUGAAGAUCAAUUAAUACCAGGAACUAUUCAAUCAAUUGAACAAAAUGCAGAUCUUCAAGUUGUUUGUUUGGAAGAACAAUGCCAACGAAAAGUUAUGUACAGCCAGAGUGCCGAAUUAGAACGAUUGGGAAUGACGUUAACAACUGGAACAGUUGUAAUAACGAAAGACCAAACCAACCUCAUUGGAAUCAGUAUUGGUGGAGGAGCUCCACUAUGUCCCUGCCUGUAUAUUGUCCAAGUUUUCGAUGGAACACCUGCUGCUAAAGAAGGAUCUUUGCAGAGUGGAGAUGAAUUGGUAUCUGUAAAUGGGGUAAAUGUAAAAGGAAAGACGAAAGUAGAGGUUGCCAAAAUGAUUCAAGUCGCAACAACAGAAGUAACCAUCAACUAUAACAAACUUCAUGCCGAUUUGGAACAAGGAAAAUCAUUUGAUAUACUUCUGAAGAAAAUCAAACAUCGAUUUGUGGAAUCAAUGUCCAGUAGCACAGCCGAUUCAUUGGGACUUUCUAGAGCAAUAUUAUGUAAUGAUUCAUUGGUUAAACGACUUGAAGAGCUAGAAGGAACAGAAUAUAUGUACAAAGGUUUAGUUGAUCAUGCUAAAAGAAUGUUAAAGGCUUACUUUGACCUACUAACGACUUAUAAACAAUUCGGAGAUAUAUUUGCGGAAAUAAGCGUUAAAGAACCACAAUUAAGGGCCUCAGAAGCUUUUCUUAUAUUCGGAGAUUUACAUAGAAAUUUCGAAAAAGAUGGAGUGAAUAUGCUUAAAGCUAUCAAACCAAUUCUAGCUGAUAUUGGAACGUAUUUGAAUAAAGCAAUUCCUGAUACAAAAUUAACGGUAAAAAAAUAUGGAGAUGCUAAAUUUACAUAUCUCUCGUAUUGUUUGAAAGUCAAAGAAAUGGACGAUGAAGAGCAUAGUUUUGCUUCACUCCAAGAAUCAUUGUAUCGUGUAGAGACUGGUAAUUAUGAAUAUCGUUUGAUUUUAAAAUGCCGCCAAGAAGCACGCUCAAAAUUUGCCCAACUUCGAAAUGAUGUUUUGGAAAAAAUGGAAUUACUUGAGAGUAAACAUGUUAAUGAUCUCACACGACAACUUCGUGGUAUUUUGGAAAGUUUUGCUGAAUUGCAUAGAAAAGCAGUGGAGCGUUUGGAAGAACACCCAAAUCUAUUUCCAAUUGAAGUUGAUUUCAAAUCAUCGGCAUUUGAAUAUAAAUCAAAUGUUCUGUCACCACAUGUAGAUGAAGAAGAUGGCAAUGAGGAGGAAGUAGCUAAAGCUGUGGAAGCGGUAGAAGAUCCUGCAAAUAUUAUAGACUUAUUAGGUACCAGCAAUGAUGAUCAAAAUGAACUUUCAGCUCAAACAACAACAAAAAAUACAACAACAGAAAUGCCUUCAGUAUCUAGUCCAGUUCAACCGUCUACAUCAUCAUCGUCAUCAUUACUAUCCCCAUCACGUGCUGAUGAUGAUUUAUUAAAAGAAUUAGGUUUGUUUGGAUUGGACCUUACAGCUGGUCAACAACAGGGAUCAAUGAGACCAUUUCAAUCAACAAAUAAUGAACCUUCAACGAGUAGAGGAGCAUUAGUAGAUUUAUUGCUAUAAAAGGAAAAAAAUAUUGGAUUUGACUGAAAUAAUAUACAAAAUUUAUAAAUUGUAUGAUCUCUAUCUCUCAAUCUCUCUGCUAUAACAUUGUCCAGUAGAACUUAGAUAUUUUUUAUAUAAAAAAAAGUGCAUACUUUUAAAUUAUGUAUUAUUUAUAUUUAAUCGUUUGGUAGCAAAAUACAGACAAAUUUAUAUAUAUAUGGGUGUUGAAUAAAAAAAAUAAUCUAAUUAAC